AACGCUGUGGCCGCUCACACAAGUGGUUCAGGCUUGACGAUACAUUCAGAAUGUAACAUGUACCUUGGCAUGGAAAAUGCCAUCUUGGCCUCGUUGUCACGAAGAUUGCGCCUAGGCGACUCCCUGCUCGAGCCAUCAUUGCUGAAUGAUCUAGACAUUGCUCAAAAGGAUAGAAGGUAAGUAAAGCUCACGAUGUCCCUCUCCUCCAAUUUGUCCUCGUCACUCGCUCUCACUUUUGCGUCCGACGUGGCCGCCCGCAGUAUCUGUAAAGAUGCGUCCACUCCUUUCUGUUGUUUUAUGCUUUUGCACCGCAGCUCUGGGUCAGUAUGUCCUCGAAGACGACUACACCGGCGGGUCCGGCUUUGCUGACAGGUUCAACUUCUUCACGGAUGAUGAUCCGACGCAUGGCUACGUGAAUUACGUUGACUACAAUACGGCAGUCACCGACGGCCUUUACCGGACUUUUGACGAUGACAGGACCAUUUACCUCGGAGUCGAUUAUACAAACAAUGCGAUCGGUCGAGGGCGGAACAGCUUGCGUCUAGAAAGCAAAGCGGUCUAUAAUCACGGCCUCUUCAUCAUCGACCUACAACAUAUGCCUGGGGGACAAUGCGCUGUCUGGCCGGCACUUUGGUUUCUUGGUCCGGACUGGCCGAGCCAUGGUGAAUUUGAUAUCAUUGAGAACAUCAACACUGCAACAUUCAAUCAGAUGUCUCUUAAGACAAAUCAGACUUGUUUCCUUGAAGCACAGGAAAUGGAUGGAGAGCUACUGACGAGAGAUUGCAACGUCAAUACUGGAGGCGUUUCAGGCUGCGCCAUUGACUCGGGAACCGUAUCCUCUGCAUACGGACAAGGUUUCAACGAGAGGGGUGGUGGAGUCUAUGCCACCGAAUGGACGAGCGAUGCGGUCAGUGUUUGGUACUUUGCAGAAAGCAACGUGCCUACGGAUAUCGGCUACGAAACGCCCGAUCCCUCCAGCUGGGGGCCUCCGCUGGCAAAAUUUGUGACUUCCUGCACCCUGGAUGAGCACUUCGUGGACCAACAGCUCAUUAUCAAUAUUGCCUUCUGUGGAGACUGGGCCGGAGGGUUACAAUGGGCGACCACCCCUGAAUGCACUGCUAGAGCAGCACAAUGCUCGGAUUAUGUGCAAGGAAAUCCUUCAGACUUCGAGGAAACCUACUGGUUGAUCAAUUCCCUCAAGGUGUACACGUCUACAUCUGUAACAACCACGACAACAUCAACAACUACUACAGCCAUCAGCACCUCCAGUAGUACUUUGAGCACUACCGCAGUGACGACGACAACCACCACCCCUGUCACGACGUCUACGAGCACGACUAGUACUACAGUCAGCAGCACUGUCAACCCGAUCAGCACCUCUGCGAGCACUUCGACUAGUAGCACCACUACUAGUACCAUCAGCAGCGCUAUCAACCCGAUCAGCACCUCUGCGAGCACUUCAACCAGCAGUGCCACUAGUAGCCUGACCAGCUCCGUACUCAGCAGCUCAACCAUCGUGAGCAGCACUCUGAGCAGUACGCCAGCUAGUUACACUACGAGCAGGUCUACAGCCGAUCCCAUCAGCACGAACCUGACGACAAUCUCGGAAACUACCACAGGGUCGAGCAGCUCUUCCAGUCCCACCUCGAGCGAGAGCUUCAGAUCUAUGUCAACAGCAUCACUGCCCUCCAGCCAUUCACCAAGCUCAACAGGCCCGUCCGGAUCUAGCAUAGGCCCAAUAUCCACCAACACGCACACCACGAUCAGGUCAUGGCUAGACAUGUCGCAAAGCUUCACAAGCAGCAAGUCUCUCAACAGCGUCCUUCCCAGCCCUACCACCGGUAGUAUCGUGUGGGUGGACUGGUCUGAGGACGAUUCGAGUGCGUCAACGACAACAAUUACCCGUAACAGUGGCAGACCAACUUCGGGCGUGGUCUACAAGACAACGUUGACCACCACCUGGAUCGAACCAUGUGCGACCGGCCUUAUCACCAAGACCGUGAUCCUGACCACCACGCACUGCUCUUGCACAGAGCAACCGCCGGCCUCGAUCCGCAUGACAACGGAGACAGUCAAACUCCCUGCGAAUUGGCCUGUUCCGAAUCCAUUUGUCGUGACUAUGCCCGUGACUACGACUUUGUUUGCAGCCAAAGCAUCGGAGACCGGCCGUGUCAACGGCUGGGCAGUUGGUGGCGAUGGCUCCGCUAGCACUGUCACCGUGGAUGGCUACCAGGGAGGAAGGCCGGCCAGUAUUGUUACGAUGAAGGGAUACCAGGGAGACGAGUCAACUUUGUCUGUAGCCAAAGCAUCAAAGACCGGCCAUGCCAACGGCUGGGCAGUUGAUGGCGAUGGCCCCGCUAGCACUGUGACCAUGAAUGGCCACCAAGGAGGAAGCCUAGUCUCUACCGUGACGAUAAAAGGAUUCCAGGGAGACGAGUCGACAACGACGGUCACCGCGACUCGCUCGGACGUAACUGUUGUGACCACAGUCACGUUGGAGCCGGUUGCGCCCACGGAAGCAGCCUCCCAAACUAUUCCUACAAGCAGCGACAGUGCCAAUGCUUGGUCACCAGCAGAUACAAACUCGAACUCAGACACUGGGGACACGAGUCCCUCAACAUCAGGACCAUGGAUCGCCACUUACACCGGCGCGGCUGGUGCUGCGGCUGUGAGCGCGACGAUGGUCGUCUUUGCUGUCUCCUUAUGUCUCGUCCUCAUGCAAUUCUCGGGACUUUGAUACUUCAUUUUUUGAAUCCUGGAAGAUAUAUAUUUGAUAAUACAUACGCCCUUUUGGGACACUUGUCCGUGGAACCUUCCC